AUGUCCGGAGCUCUCUUCGCGCCCCCGGAGGGCCUGGGUGGCCUGGACGCGGCGAGCGGUCACCCGCUGGUGUGCGCGCUGUGCCACGCGCAGUACGAGCGCCCGUGCCUGCUGGACUGCUUCCACGACUUCUGCGCCGGCUGCCUGCGCGGCCGCGCUGCCGACUGCCGCCUCGCCUGCCCGCUGUGCCAGCACCAGACUGUGGUGAAGGGCCCCAGUGGACUCCCGCCCGUGGACCGGCUGCUGCAGUUCUUGGUGGACAGCUCCCGGGAUGGAGGCGAGGCAGUGCGCUGUGCCAACUGUGACCUGGAGUGCAGCAAACAGGACUCGGAGACCAUGUACUUCUGCAACACGUGCGGGCAGCCUCUGUGCGCGCGCUGCCGCGAUGACACGCACCGGGCGCGCAUGUUUGCGCGCCACGACAUUGUGGCCUUGGGCCAGCGCAGCCGCGACGUGCUCCCAAAGUGCGCCCUGCACGCUGAGCCCUACAUCAUGUUCUCCACUGACAAGAAGUCGCUGCUGUGCAUCCGCUGCUUCCGGGACAUGCAGGGGGAGGGGCGGGCCCACUGCGUGGACCUGGAGUCGGCCUACGUGCAGGGCUGCGAGCGCCUGGAGCAGGCAGUGCUGGCCGUGAAGGCCCUGCAGACGGCCACGAGGGAGGCCAUCGAGCUGCUGCAGGCCAUGGUGGAGGAGGUGAGGCGCAGCGCGGCCGAAGAGGAGGCCGCCAUCCACGCCCUCUUUGGCAGCAUGCAGGACAAACUGGAGGAGAGGAAGGCGCUCUUGCUGCAGGCUGUGCAGAGCCAGUAUGAAGAGAAGGACAAAGCCUUCAAGGAACAGCUCACCCACUUGGCCACCCUGCUGCCCACCCUGCAGGUUCACCUGGUCAUCUCCUCCUCCUUCCUCAGUUUGGCCAACAAGGCAGAGUUCCUGGACCUUGGUUACGAGCUGAUGGCCAGGCUGCAGGGCGUUGUCACCCGGCCACACCACUUGAGGCCUGUGCAGAGCAGCAAGAUCACCAGCGACCACCGCGCUGAGUUCGCACGCUGUCUGGAGCCACUGCUGUUACUGGGGUCACGCCGGGCUGCUGGCACAGGAGGCGCUGGCAGCACGCUUGCAGGGACUUCAGGGCCCAAGGUGCUGAUGGGACCCUGCUGUCCCUCUCCAGUGGGAAAGAUGUUGGGGUCGCCUGUCCAAAAGCCCACGCUGCACAGAUCCGUCAGCACCAAAGUGCUCCUGGCCAAGGGUGAGGCUACACCCUUCACCGAACACUGUCGCCAGUAUGAAGACUCCUACCGGAGCCUGCAGUUGGAGAUCCAGAACCUGAAGGACCAGGUCCAGGAAUUGCACCGGGAUCUCACCAAACACCAUUCACUCAUCAAGGCCGAGAUCAUGGCAGACAUCCUCCACAAGUCCCUGCAGGUGGACAGGAAGAUUGCCUCACAGUGCGCCUCUGUGGAAGCCAUGAGAACAGUCUUUGAGGAGAUUUGGGAGGAGUCUUACCAGCGCGUGGCCAAUGAGCAAGAGAUUUAUGAAGCCCAGAUCCAUGACCUCCUUCAACUAAAACAGGAGAAUGCUUACCUGACCACAAUCACCAAGCAGAUCACACCUUAUGUCCGUUCCAUUGCCAAGGUGAAGGAGAGACUGGAGCCCAGGUUUCAAGCACCAGUUGAUGAACCAUCAGAGAAUCUACAAAACGUAUAUGAAGAUGGCGUGAAUGGUGAGCUCCAGGCCAGUCAUGAUCCUGUGAGUGCUACUGAAAAGAGAGAGAAGACGUCUGAGCCCAAGGGAAGCAGCCUCACAGAGGAUCUCCUGCUGAAAACGAAAGAUCACUACAGACCGAAACACAAGAAUGGGGGUGAUGAGUCCUAA